UAGAUGGUGAUUUUUAUGUUUACUUUUAUUUUUUAAAUAAUUUAUUUGAGAUUUAUUGAUGGUGGUAGUUUGAAGAAACGAAAUGGUUCGUAAAUCUGUUCUUGUUUAUGAUUUAUUAAAAUCAGAGAAGCGAAAUAAUGGAUUUUCGCCAGCUGAAAUCUUCAAACGUGUCAGUGAGAUGCAUAAUAUUGUUCCGGGUAAGGGAUUGAAGAAGCAAGUUGAUGUGGCUCUCCGCCGGGGAAUUGAUUUUGGUAUUUUGGUCAAGAAAAAUAAAAAAUACAUAUAUGAUUCACAUCCAAACGAUUUGCUGAACCAACCUACGGAGCGGAAAGCAAAAGCACGUAAAAAAGCAGCUAAAAAAUCAAAGAAGCACCCAAAGAAGCCUUCAACAAGUUCAAAAUCACGACGAAAACGAGCUCCAUCAUCCAGCCGGAAACAAUCUCACAAUCCUCCCAGACCAAGAGUACCUCCACCUCCCGAUUGGACCCCAAAGAGACGUAAUAUACGCGAAGAACCAAUUCCAAAGUUUAUAAAACAUCGUCCCCAUUCACCGCGUCUUUUGUAGCUGCUCAUACUUAUUUUAUAACAAUAUAUAAAAAAUGAUGAUAGUUAAAUGCCGGUAGUUGGUGAAUUUUUUCCCAUAAAAUUUUCUCUUCCGCCGCCAAGAUCUAGAUCGCGUUAACCGAGACUCGUUACGACAUCCUAAUCCCACCCCAAUAUAAAUGAGAAUAUAAGCUUGCUUCAUUGAUCGUCAAUUUUACGAGACUUUGCAGAUUCUUUUGUUGGUGAAAAAAAAUCAAAAUGAGAGUAAAAAGAAGAUAGAAUUCAACUAUGAAGAAAUCCCAAGGCUUUUUCAUUCAAACAAAUUUCAUGGUAAACCUUCAGAAUGAGUAACCCAAGAAAAUGGAUCUCUAUCCAACGAAAAAUGACCAAUAACCUAUGGACCUUACAGUAUAGUGCAGCUACAGACAGCCUGUGAAAUUGACAAAUAAUUGUUGUGGUCAAUUGUCACUACAAAUUCUAGUAUCCUGUUGAGGCACCUGUUUUGAAAAUUUUUUUUUUAAGUCAAUAAAUAUACUUUCUUGCAAAAAAAUAA